CAAGCACGAAGCACUUUCACAAACAAAUGAGGGAGUGGAAAAUUGAAGUGUCAGUUAUGUACUAUUCGUUUAAUUAAUAUUCUUGCCGUGAUAAACAAACUGAAUUCAUAAAACAGAAUUUUAUAUUAAGAAUCAAGGCAAUCAGAAGUGUAUUAGCCUAUAUGCAGUGUUGCACUGGCUUUGUUAUCGUUUUCUGGUAAUUGGUUCGUUCAUUAUGUAUAGAAAGCCGUCAUACCCAGCUCUUACAUUAAAGCAGUUCAUGUUACGAAAACAAGUUCUAAAACUGUAUAGAGAUACACUGCGGAGUAUUCGACAAGUUCCAGAUAGAGACAGUCAGUUAGAACUGAGAAAAUGGGCAAGACAAGAUUUUGAAAAUAAUAAAAAUCUGGAAGAGGAAAUUACAAUAAAAAUGAUGAUAAAACACGGAGAAAGGAGUCUGAAAGAGUUACAACAAUCAUUAGAAUUAAGUAAAUAACUUAUAAUGAAAUUUAUUAAAAGUUUUGAAUUAGC